CUUAGUGUUGGCUCUUCUCUGUCUAGUUUGCAUCUGACCACUCCCUGCCUGGAGAACUUGCACCGCUAAUUGUAGGUUUGCGGAUUCCCGGGACUGCUUGGAGUUUGUUGACACACAAGAAGGUUUAGACAGAUCAUCUCCCGUGAAAAUUAUCUAAAGACGCAUUAAGAGAAGAAUUAAAAAGGAAGAGCAUUUUAUUGUUUUGCUGUAUGUUCUAAAAAAAAGUCUUUGAAGCUGAGCUGCAUUUUCCCCCACCGUAUAAAAGUAACACCUUACAGUAUAUUCAAACCGUUUUGGAGCGCCCUCUGCACUAUUUGCAGGGAGACUAGGUGGAGCAUGAACACAUGCGUCUACAAAUCUCUUUAUUUCCAAGUCGCUUGCAGGGAGGGAGACACCUUAACUGCUUGAAGACAAAGUAGAGCGCAGUGCUGUACCUGAGUGCAUUGUAACAGAAGCAGACCAUGGAUGCAGAAACGGAGGCACAUGAUGUGGCUGAAAGAAGCAGACAAUUUUGUUCAUUUCAUCUCUUGUGUCUCUUUGGGAUGCUACUUUUGACCUUACCUCAAACAGAUUCUGUUAAGCAGACGGUUCCUAGAGUCAAGCUUGGCUACAAAGACCUGCUGUUCUCAAACAGUUGCACUCCAUUCCUGGGCUCGGCUAAAGGGGUUCACUUUCAGACCCUUCUUUUGGAUGAGGAAAAGGGGCGCCUUCUGCUGGGUGCCAAAGAUCACAUCUUUCUGCUUGACUUGGAUGAUUUAAACAAAGAUCCACGGAAGAUUGACUGGCCUGCUUCUAAAGAAAGAACAGAAUUGUGCAAACUAGCUGGAAAAAAUACACAUACAGAGUGUGCAAACUUCAUCAGGGUUCUACACAACUAUAACAAGACCCAUGUAUAUGCCUGUGGCACAGGGGCCUUCCACCCCAUGUGUGCUUUCGUUGAAGUUGAAGGCCGUGGAGAGGAAACUACAUUCCAUUUGAAUACUCACAGUGUCGAAUCCGGUAGACUGAAAUGCCCCUUUGACCCACAGCAGCCAUUUGCUUCGGUUUUAGCAGACAAAUACCUCUAUGCUGGAACAGCAUCUGAUUUUCUUGGCAAGGACACAACGUUUACACGUUCGCUUGGACCCUCGUAUGAUCAGCAUUACAUAAGGACUGAUAUUUCUGAACAUUACUGGAUAAAUGAGGCUAAAUUUAUUGCAGCCCAUCCUGUUGCAGACACCUAUAAUCCAGAUGAUGAUAAGAUGUAUUUCUUCUUUCGAGAAGCUACUACAGAAGGCAGCACUAGUGAUAAAACUGUUUUCUCCAGAGUAGCCAGAGUGUGCAAGAAUGAUGUAGGAGGUCUAAGAAGCUUGACCAACAAAUGGACAACAUUCCUUAAAGCUAGAUUGGUCUGCUCCAUCCCUGGGCUGGAUGGUGUUGAUACCCACUUCGAUGAACUCCAGGAUAUUUUUCUGCUAUCAACAAGAGAUUACAGAAAUCCUGUUGUUUACGGAGUGUUCACAACAACAAGUUCAAUAUUUAAGGGCUCUGCAGUCUGUGUAUACAGCAUGGCUGACAUCCGUGCUGUCUUCAAUGGACCAUAUGCCCACAAAGAGGGGCCUGACCAUAGAUGGACAGAGUAUGAGGGGAGAAUACCCUAUCCUCGGCCUGGGACUUGUCCAAGCAAGACAUAUGAUCCACUUAUCAAAUCAACAAAGGACUUUCCUGAUGAUGUCAUCAGCUUCAUUAAAUACCAUCCCAUGAUGUACAAACCUGUAUAUCCUAUUACUGGAGAACCCAUAUUCACAAGGAUUAAUGUGGACUAUAGGCUGACCCAGAUUGUUGUGGAUCGCGUUGUAGCAGAAGAUGGACAGUAUUCUGUUAUGUUUUUGGGGACAGAUGUGGGGACUGUGCUAAAAGUGGUAAGCAUAACACAGGAGAACUGGGUUACGGAAGAGGUGGUGCUGGAAGAGCUGCAGGUGUUUGAGGUCCCUUCACCAAUUCUGACCAUGGAGAUAUCCUCCAAACAGCAACAGUUAUAUAUUGGUUCCAGAGAUGGCCUUGUACAAGUAUCUCUGCACAGAUGUAACAUUUAUGGAAAGGUCUGUGCUGAGUGCUGUCUUGCAAGAGAUCCCUACUGUGCAUGGGAUGGAUAUUCCUGUUCAAGAUAUGUCCCAGCACCUAAAAGACGGGCUAGAAGGCAAGACAUAAAACAUGGCGAUCCUUCAAGCCAGUGUUGGGAUCUAGAGGACACUAUGGGUAAUCAGUAUGCUGAAGAAAAGCUCAUGUUUGGUGUUGAACAUAACUCAACCUUCCUGGAAUGCAUCCCAAAGUCUCAGCAGGCAUACAUCAGGUGGUUUCUGCAAAGGUCUGGGACUGACCAUCGGGAAGAGGUAAAGCCUGAUGAAAGAAUAAUGAAGACAGAGCUGGGCCUUUUGAUUCGUUCACUCCACAAGAAGGAUGCAGGAACUUAUUAUUGCGUUGCACAGGAACAUACUUUCAGCCACACUAUACUCAGGCUGAACUUGAAAAUAAUUGAGAAUGGCCAAAUGGAAAACAAGCAGGCCAAAUCAGAGGAUCAGGUGUCACGCACACAAGACGCCAUAGCAGAGUCGCGUCUCACAUUGGAACCUCGCUACAGAUACAAAGACUAUCUCCAGCUGUUAAAUAACCCUCUCUUUACAAUUGAUGAGUACUGCGAACAAAUGUGGUACAGGGAGAAAAGGCGUCAGAAAAACAAAGGCUCCUCAGGAAAAUGGAAGCACGUGCAAGAAAGUAAGAAAAGCAGAAACAGAAGACAUCACACCCGUCAUCCAGACCACAAGCCUGAUGCUGUUGACACAUAAAACCUUUUCUGUAGCCAGUAUUCUUUUGAUUUUUAAAACACAAAGACAAUAUUGAACUUCAUUACCUUCAUUAUGUGUUUAAAAUGGAACUUUUUAAAGAUAAAGCAUACCUUACAAAUUCAUUAUCAUACACUUUAAGUAUACUUCUGAAGUGACUGUGGACCAUAUGCAAGGUAUUAUGGUUCUGGACCCUGUUUUGACAAUACAUGUGUAAUAUAAUGCAUGAUGAUACAUCCUUAAUGCUGAAUAAAUGUAAAUAUUCAAAUGGAUUUUACUGUAUAGCUUUAGUACAUUUGUUAGAAGUUCAAACGUUUUGCUUGAAUUCAUAAGUUUGAUCUAAAACCAAAAGGAUACGUUCAUGACCUGUUCUCCUAAAACCUGGCUCUUCAAUGUGGGUUUUUGAUUUAACCAGAUAUCUUUAGAUGUUUAUAUCUGUGAAAGUAAUAAAGAUAAAAAGGUGCCUAUGGGUCUGUGAUAAACCACUAAAUCACUCCUUCUGAUCAUGUUGGCAAAAGGAUUAAAAAUGCAAAUAUGAGAACUGAACUCGAAAAUCCAGGUUUCUGGAGAGCAGACUAUAUUUAACAAAAACUAUAUGUUAUAUGUUUGAUUAUUUUUUAUACUGUACAAAUCUGAAGUUCAUUUAUUUUGUGUAGACUAAGUAUUCAACAUUUGUGACAAUGUUAUUUAUUAUAGUUUUGGUUUUACAGACCUUCAAAAUAUUGAGGUACUUUCCCUGUCUUAAUGCAUUUGAUUGUGUUCGGUAUCUUUUGAACUCCUGUCUUUUAGCACCAUUAGACCAUUAAUAUUUCUCAGAAGGUCUGCUUAUAUUUUUAGUUAAUUUACAUUUAACUUAUAAAUAACUUCAUUUAGACACCCCACCCUUGGUAAGUUGAAUAAAUGCUUAAGAGUCAAUGUACUUAACAUUCUUGUGGAAUGUUAACUUACAGUAUGUAUUGUAUUUCUGCUGUAUAUUUCUGACUUAAAUCACAAAUAAUUGUUGUAUCAUUUUUCAACAAUAUUAAACCAGUCUGAACAUUCAGUUUCUGAUGUAAAA